UAUUCCCACACUCACACUCUAUAUAUAGAAGUCAGCUACGUGAAACAGAGCUCAUUGUGAGUUGCUCUUUUUGCCUGCUCUCUUCUUCCUUUCUCUAACAGAACUCCAAAACUGUCAAAUUUCAGCUAAAAGAACAUCCAUUAAACACGCCAUGGAUUGGAUUCGAGGUGAAUCAGUAGGUCAUGGAAGCUUCGGCAAAGUCAAUUUAGCAAUACCCAGAUGCCAAAGCUCUCUGUUUUGUCCAUCAAUGGUGGUUAAGUCUUCUUCCGCUUCCUGUUCAGCUACUCUGUUGAACGAGAAGCUAAUCUUGGAUGAGCUUAAAGGUUGUUCACAAAUAAUCAAUUGCCUUGGGGAUAGCUAUACCUACGAAAAUGGCGAAAAGUUAUACAAUGUCUUGUUGGAGUAUGCUUCAGGGGGUGAUUUAUCAGAUAAGCUCAAGAAGUCCAGUGAUCAUAUAUUGCCGGAAUUUGAAGUAAAAAAAUACACCAAGGCCUUACUGAAAGGGCUAUACUACAUCCACAAGAGUGGUUAUGUUCACUGUGAUAUUAAGCUUCAGAACAUUCUUUUAGGUGAAGAUGGUCAAGUCAAAAUUGCUGAUUUUGGAUUGGCAAAGAGAACGAAAUCCAGAAAAGAUGAUAAAUUGCGAUGUGAGUUGAGGGGUACUCCAUUAUACAUGUCGCCGGAAAUGGUAACUGGUGGCGAACAGGACACUCCCGCCGAUAUCUGGGCACUUGGAUGUGUUCUGGUGGAAAUGGCAACCGGUAAUCCAGCGUGGAGAUGCACUGAUACGACCAGAUUAUUGAUGACAAUUGGAGUUAGUGAUCAAUUGCCCGAAAUUCCUGAGAAAUUGUGUGAAGAAGGAAAAGAUUUUCUAGAGAAGUGCUUUGUGAAGGACCCGAAAAAGAGAUGGACGGCUGAGAUGCUUCUAAACCAUCCCUUUGUAGCUGGUCAAACUUAUGAUGAUGACACUGUUAUAUUGAAGGACCAAACAUGCGAGAGUGGGACUCCUUCAACUUCUCCUAAGUGUCCAUUUGAUUUUCCAGAUUGGGUCUCUGAUGACUCUGGUAAAUCCUCAGCAACAUGUUCAAUUACAUCUCUGCCCUCGCCGGCAAUUCAAGAAUUGCGGAAUUUAAACGGCGGUUCAUGGUCCGCAGCGCCGGCUGAGAGGUUGAGAGUAUUAGUAGGUGAACACAGACCUGAAUCUGAAUGGUCUACAGCUGAUGGCUGGGUCAGUGUUAGGUGAUGUCAAUCAUUUAUUUAAGGUGAUAGAUGAACCUGAGAUAGAUUCAGAUUUCUGAAGAUUUUAUGCUAGCUGCUUCGAUUCUUUUAUUUCUUUCACUUCAGUGAUUAGGCUACCUAGGCCAGUUAUUUCGAUUCUUUUUGUACAGAGAAGACAGAUUCAUCGUACAUACAAAUGAUGAAAUUCCUUUAAAUUUUAUAUGAUUACAAUUGUUUGGGACUCACCAAGUGUACAGAUAAUUAAAGUAUUUUGUUUCUUUCUUA